AUGGCUCCUAUAACAUUCUCUACAGGCACCCCGGCCCAGCAGCUGGAGGAAUCCUCAUUUACGCAAAUGGACCUCGAUCGUGACCUUGAAUCCAUAGGCAAACAUUGCCAGUUCUCAUACUGCAACCAGCUCGAUUUCCUCCCUUUCCGCUGCGAAUCCUGCAAGGGCACUUUCUGCCUCGAUCACCGGACGGAAACUGCGCACAAAUGCACACACGCAGGAGAAUGGGCAGCUUCCCGACGGAAAAACUCUAUCGGAGCCACAGGUACCAGAAACAGCAGCAUGAUCUCCUCUCUUCCGCCGGUAAAACCUACCGUCUACAACUCUACGCAAUGCUCACACCCAUCCUGCAAAACCCUCAUCCACACGUUGCAAAAUACCGGCGUUCACUGCAACGAAUGUAACCGCCAAUACUGUCUCAAACAUCGCUUGCGCGAGGACCAUGACUGCGCCAAACUCACCCCGAUAGGUGCGCGGCCUACCAGACAAGGGCCGUCCCAGACUGAAAAGGCACGGCUAGCAUUCUCCCGCCUACGGAUGUGGGGGAAAGAUAAAUCCUCCACGGUCGCCUCGAAUCUGACUCCAAAGCCGAAACCCAACACCGCUGCCGCGCGCAUGGCGAUGCUUGCAGAGCUGAAGAAGAAAGCAAAAGGCGACCCUAACCUUGCGCUGCCGAAGCGGUUUUACUUGCAUGUUGAAGCGUCUGCGGACACCACAACGGCGAAGUAUCCCACUGGUGAUUUUUAUUUCGACUCCGCUUGGAGUGUGGGCAAGGUUUUGGACGAUGCGGCACGCAGGUUGCAGGUGCAAAAUGUCAAUAAUAGAGUUGCUGGCGAGGCGGAGAGGCUGCGUGUCUUCCAUGUUGAAGGCGGGAAGUUGCUAGAGUUCUCCGAAAAGCUUGGCGCCUCUGGUGGUGUUGCGCAAGGAGACACCAUUGUGCUACUUCGCGGUUUUUUGAUCCCUGACUUCCCGGUGUUUAUGGCCUUCCUCUGUUUGAUGAUCAACGCUUACCCCAUUUCAUGA